CGUCAGUUUACAAGCAUGAGGCGCAAACUCAGUACGAUUUUAUUAAAGCAUAUCGGCGUAUUUAGCAGAAACCGUCCGUCUCAUGUCUCUUUCACGGCGGGUCAACAAAGCGGGUCUGCACUGAAUUUAUACAGGAAAUCAACGAGUGACCGUUCAAACAUGGACCUGAGUGACAUGAGGAAGAAAUACAAAGGAGAUGAGGACUGCUUUGAGGAGAGCCAGCUUGCAUCUCUGGACCCAAUCAAACAGUUUGGAAACUGGUUUGAUGAAGCCACAAAGUGUCCUGAAAUUGGAGAGGCGAAUGCUAUGUGCAUUGCCACUGCCAGCAAAGACGGACGUCCAUCAGCUCGUAUGGUCCUCCUGAAAGGUUACAGCAGUGAAGGUUUCAGAUUCUUUACCAACUACGAGAGCCGGAAGGGUUCUGAGCUGGAGAGCAAUCCGUAUGCAUGUCUGGUCUUCUACUGGGAACCUCUCAACAGACAGAUUCGCAUUGAGGGCGAUGUAGAGCGAAUCCCCUUCCAGACCUCCAAAGAAUACUUCCACUCCCGACCAAAGAGCAGCCAGAUCGGGGCUGUCGUGAGCCGACAAAGCACUCCGGUUCCUAACAGAGAUUAUCUAAGGCAGAAAAAUGCAGAACUUGAGGAGAAGUACAAGGACACAGAGGUGCCUAUGCCUGAUUACUGGGGCGGCUACAUCGUCAAGCCUUACCUGAUCGAGUUCUGGCAGGGUCAGACCAACAGACUUCACGACCGCAUCGUCUUCACCAAGUCGAAGGAUGGGGAGUCUGAGCUGGGAGAGUUUCAGCACGCUGCCGAGGGAGGCUGGGUGUACCAGCGGCUGUCCCCAUGAGACGAACCUCAACAGGGAGUUCAUCUCAUCACUGAUUUAAAAACUUUAUCUCACUUGAAGCUCAUCUAUAGGUACUGAUGGAAAACCAUUUGAUGUUGAUUGAAUAGGCGUUACUGUGUGUAGGAUUUACCAACAAGCCUAACGUCAUCGUGUUGUCUCUGAACCGAACCCUGAACAGUCCUUGAUGUCACUACACAGUUUUUUCAGAGGUGUGACACAACCUGACUGUACUGUACAACCUUAACCUUUUCCCCACAUUACGAAAUGAGAAGACGCUGUGCGGAUACAGAAAGUACACUGACCGACACGGUAGAGCAAACUGCUCCUCGUCUGGUCAAACAAUGAUUGACGGUGACGUUGGUUAUUCAGCGUUGUUGCUGUUAACCUUUAGGACGUAGAAACUGUGUCUUAUUUCUUGAAAAAGCACAAUCUGUACCACUGACUGUCCACUUGUCAUCAGUACUUAGUAGCAGAGUGUGGUCCAUUUUCAGUGUUAAAAUAAGAGCCAACGUUUGAUUUUACACGUCCGUAAUCUCCAAGAAGGUUUACUAGAACUACAAUAUGUAAUUUUGCACUAAUUUCAGAGGAAAUAGCCAGUUGUUUGAGUUUAGUUGGUUAUGUUGAGUUUAAACCUAAAUAAAAACACAGUAUUAAUAAUAAAUCAAUAAAAAACACCCCUUAAUGUAAUGUAGUCCAGUACAACAUCACCUUUAACUAUAAACUCAGUAAUAAACAACCAAUCAUUGAUUUGAAAUUGAAUUAUUUGUUACUGUCAACUCAAUUUUUGUUAAAACUAAGAUUAUCUAGGUUAUGUUAGCAAUAGUUAAUUAACUGGAAGUGUAUUUAACAAAUUAACACUGUCUUUAUUUUCCUUAUAAUUAGUACUAGAUUACCUAUAAAAAUGUGAAUUUACAGUUACAUACCAAUGUCUUUCUAGGAGAUUAUACUACAGAACCCAUAAAAUCACCACAUACAGCCCAACUCUAUCUUUAAUUCAUUAUGAAUGGAUCGCAGAGGUCUUAAAUCAAGACAUCGGCUCUACCUGCCUUUUAAUAAUGAGAUUUAAAAGAGCUGAUGAUUUGAACUGUGCCAACUACGAUGUGUAUUGUGUGAGUCUUGUACUGAUUGAGAAUGAGUUUGUUGUUGUUUAUUGUUUACUGAAUGUUAUUUUGACUUGAAUUAACUGUGGAAUAGAGCCAAUAAUAAAAAGUUUAAUUUGUAA